UGCUCUGCCCCGUUCUCUCUUACCUAUUAUAAAUCAGGAUAAUCCCAGGCAUUUUGAGAAUUCAAUAAGUAUAAUUUCUUUGAUGACCUUCCAAAGGCAACGAAAAACACGUCCGUUCGUGGGAGCGAGAAUGUCCUAG